AUGUCGUAUGCAAUCGAGACAAAGAAGCGCAAGUUCGAUCGCAUCCUCGAGGCUCUGACCGACAGUGCCAGUGCCACCUCUGCUCCCCCCUCGCUCUCGCACUCCUCGGUUAACAACUCCACCACCUCACUUUCUCUAUAUGCCGCUUCCGAUUCCUCCAAGAGACGCCGCAUCACUCCCACGUCCAAAACAGCAACAACGCAUACCUCGACGCCAAUCGCACUGAGCGGACACUAUCUCCCAUCAAGCCGAGCUGCUUUUCUCCAGCGACUGGAGACAUUCCGACAUGUCACUCAGUGGCAUAUCCCAUCCACGGACCCCAUCAACGCUGCCGCGUGGGCACAAAGAGGUUGGACUUGUGUCGACACAGACACCGUAGCAUGUGGUGUUUGCAAGGAGAGGUUGUAUGUUGACCUAAAUCUAGACAAGGAGUUGCUCAAGUUAUCAGAAAAGAGCGGCGGUGAUGAUGCAGAUGAGGAAGACAGCUUCACCAUCUCGUCCGAGAUCUACGGCAGCAUUGUCAAAAAAUACCAGGACAUGAUUGUCACAGCGCACGCAGAAAGUUGUCUCUGGCGAAAGCGAGGUUGUGAUUCAUCAAUUCAGCGCAUCGAAGGGCUCUUGAACACAGCCCUGGCGCUGUCAGCUCUGAAAACUCGCUACGACAGUCUUAGCAGCCGCUCUGACGAAAUACCCCGAGUCGAGCCUCUACCCUCAACUCCUCUGGUGGAUCCUCAAGAGUUGGAACAAUUUCGUCUCAGCGAGCAAGAAAGACCUCACAUCGACGCCCUUAGACUGGCGGUCUGUGGCUGGGAGAGGAAAUGUGAGGAUGUCAUUGAAUGCCAUCACUGUUUCCGGUCACUGGGUCUCUGGUUGUAUCGCGGCGAAUCACCUGCGAUUGAGAAAUUGGACGCCAUAGAUAAUCAUCUGGAAUAUUGUCCGUGGAGGUCGGCCGAGGCUCAAGACACGGAGCUCCAAACGGGGCACGCCAGAACCACGACUUCGGGGGAGGAAAUUGUGCCGAAGAAAGAGCGAGUGGCAGGUUGGGUGCUAGUGUAUCAAGCAAUCACGAAGGACAAUAAGCAGAAGAAAGCAUCAAAAGGAACGCGUUCAACCGCAGCCUCGGAGGCAGUAGUGGACGCAACGAGCAGCGAAUCGACGACGCCAGAGCAACGCGAGAAGAAAAUGAAAGAAUUACUACGGAGGAUCAAGGAGAUCAAGAAACCUUUCAACGUCAAAGCCUUGCUGAAGCGCAAGGACAAGCCCAAGGCCUGA